CGGGAGUUUCCAUAGGUCUCAGUUGUGCGAAGUGAUAGCGAUGGAUGCUUGUAACGCAGUUGAACGUGAGGUAGACAAAGUUCUAUCAAAAUUCGGCGCUAUAAAUGACCAUGCUGAAACAGUGUUAUGUGAUCUGAUAAAUCACAUUCAGUCUUUGAAAAAAGAUAUAGAUGAAGUACCGCCAAAUCAACAAUUGACAGAAGAUCAAGUACAAAUUCUUAAACAAGCAAUGACAAAAGUACGUGACACCGUGCAAAGAUUAGCAACAGAUCAUCGAGAUUUACAUAGUACAGUAUCCAAAGUGGGCAAAGCAAUAGACAGAAAUUUUAUUGCGGAUUUUGCCUGUACCAGCAGAGAAGAUGUGUUUUCAGGACCUGAAAAAUCUCAUCUUCUGAAUCAAGCAAUUUGUCAGCACUUUUACAGGCAAGGAAUGUUAGACAUUGCUGAAGUAUUAGCAAUGGAAGCAGGAAUUAAAAUUGACGAAGAUAGAAAAGAACCAUUCUCAGAGUUAAACUAUAUAUUGGAUUGUUUGAAACAGAGAAAUCUGGAACCAGCACUGAAUUGGGCUAAAAAACAUAGAGAGGCACUUUUAACACAGAAUUCUUCUCUCGAAUUCAAACUGCAUAGACUCCACUUUAUCACAUUAGUUCAACAAGGUCCAAGUAAGCAGAAAGAGGCUAUAUUGUAUGCCCGUCAAAAUCUCACUCAGUUCAUCGAUCGUUACGAAAAAGAAGUGCAAUCUUUAAUGGGAACGUUACUUUACUUACCACAUGGGAUACAAUCAUCUCCUUAUAGUUAUUUAGUUGAUCCUACUUUGUGGCUUGAGAUACACGACGUUUUCACCAAAGAAGCGUGCUUAUUAUUAGGUCUGAGUGUCGACAGCCCGCUCUCUGUUUGCAUCAAUGCAGGAUGCACUGCGUUACCCGCGUUAUUGAACAUCAAACAAGUGAUGCAACAGAGACAAGUGACCGGCAUUUGGACAGGCAAAGACGAAUUGCCCAUUGAAAUAGAUUUGGGAAAGGAAGGUCGUUAUCAUUCAGUCUUCGCAUGUCCCAUUCUGAGACAACAAAGUACAGAAACUAAUCCGCCGAUGAAGUUGGUGUGCGGCCACGUUAUCUCGCGAGACGCGUUGAACAAACUUUCCAAUGGAAAUAAAAAUCAAUUUAUUUCUAGAUUGAAAUGCCCGUACUGUCCGGUGGAGCAGAAUCCCGAGGACGCGAGACUUAUUUAUUUUUAACCUGUGAUAUACAUAUUUAUACAUAUAUAUAUAUAUAUACAUAUAUUGCAUAUACAUAAGUAUAUGCUCCAUGUGCGUGUGUGAUUGUGUGUGUUGAUUGCCUGCGUGUAUAUAAGAAGUAUACGUUUGUAAGAGAAAGAACUAGAUUUGCCUUGAUUUUGAUUUGUAACCGAGCAGAAAUAAUACACAGAGCCAAAUGUGGUAAUUGUGUGUAUGUGUGUGAAGAAGAACUGUUAAAUUUCGAGUACUAUACACAUUCGCAUUGAAUUGAAAACUCUUGCUCUGAGACAUUUUUCUUUUCUUGCAAUUAUCGUCAAAUCCAGAUAUAUAAAAUAGAUAAUUGCAGCCUAACAAUUGUUUCAGAGAAAUUUAUUUUCAUAUUUUGAACACUUCAAAAAGAGAAACACACACACACACACAUACUAUUUUUUUUUGUUUUUUAUUUCUCUCUGUAGAAUUCGUUAUGACUACAAAUAUUUAUGAUGUAAUUAUACACAAGUUUGUUAGUACACGGUAGACGAUUUAUACAUAUAUAUACUCGUAGAUAUUUGUAAUUGCGACACUUCAGCUUUGUACUAAUAUUACUGAAAAGUUAUAGAUGUAUAGCAACUAAGACGGCAAACUACUUGUUACAGAAUCCUUUUUCGUUUGUUUUUCAAUUAUAUAUGUAUUAGUUUGAUUAUAGUUGAAUAAAGAUAAUUUUAUAUAUAAAAAAAAUACAAAAAUAUAGAAUUCAUCAAACGUAUAGAGAGAGAUAUGAAAGCGAUCUUAUGAUAUUUUCUUUCGGCAGCUGGUUUCAGCUAUCACGUGUUCACACAAAUGUGGUUGAAAUGUCAAAACUGGCAUGGUGUUUUCAAAAAAUCAAUGUUUUGAACGUGCAAACAAUAAUUCUUUCUGAUGAGUUCUAUUUUUUUAUCAUUUUGUUUCGACUUUGAAAUAUCGAAACUGGCGCAGCUUCUUCAAAAAAUCAAAAGUCUGGCUUUUUGUAGGCGCGAGUGAUUUCUAAAGUUCCCGAUGAGUUUUAGAUCGAUCUAUGGCUUUUAAACACUUAAUGUCACUGCGCAUAGAUUCAGUUAUCUCAUAAGGUUUACUCACAUUUUCAAGUAUACAAAUGUUUAAAACCUUAAUUAUAAUCGUUUGUUAUUUGUGUAACUCCAUUUGAAAGUUUUAUCAAUGCUCAAUAGUCUAAACUUUGGUUUUCCAAUUAAACAACGGAAAAUAAAAGUCAGUUUUUAAGCAAGUUAGGAAAAUGUGAAAGUCGUAAUGAAGAGAUUUUAUUCUAUAUGACUUUUGAAGGUUAAACUGCUGGCAAUGAAUUUGCUUAAACGAUCAAGAGAAUGUUAACUAUAAUAAUACAGUAAUUAUAAAAUGACUUUGCGUCAUCUCAUCAAUAAACAUUCGCGCGCUUUUCAUUGCGGAUCAAUUAAGUAUUCCGCACGCGAAUCUUCAUACCGCGACUUUUAAUCAAGUUUUACAUAAAAAUCGAAUUACGCCGCGUUGGUAAGCCGCGAUUUUUUUUUUUUUUUUACUUCAUUACGAGUGUUUUUUGACGUCAGAAGCGAGAAGACGAGGAAGCGUUAAGCUAGGUAUAUACAUAGCGAACAAACGUACAGCAAACGCGAACAUUCGUUACUAUCGAUCAUUCGUCAGAUGUAUAAGCCAAAACAAAUGCGAACAGAAUAUUCAACUCACAUUCGGAUUGGUUUUUCUCAUGAAGCGGUACAUCAGAGAAAAUUCGUUAGCGAUAUGGAUAUGCAUACGUGCUGUUCUCUGCUGUUCACUAAGAACAAAUGACUUCAGAUCACAAACACGAAUGUCCGAACAUUCGCUCUCGCUGUUCGUUCGGUGCUUAUUCAUAGAUAUAUACCAAGCUUUAUACGCUUUCUCAUUAAUAUAAAUAUCUACUGUUUUGCCGUUACAAAAGAUUAAACUAAACUCAAAGUGUAUCUGCCAUUGUUAUUUCGCUUACUUAUUAAGGUAAUAUAUUGUUUGAUCAGUGUGGUGUAGUUAAUAUUAAGUUACUGUUUAAUAUUAAGUCACACAAUACAAGUGAGAUGCAUCAAAUAUAAAUUACACGUCUUAUCGCGGAUGUCUUUGCCUAAUGGAAAAAUCUAAACGUGUAAGUGAGUAAUUAAUUUCGUAAGAAUCAUUUAUCUCUAUAAAAAUAAAAAAAUUGCGAAAACUACAGAGAUUACACGCAUGUAUUCAUCGCACGUUUCUAUUUCAUGAGACAUAAUUCAAAUAAUCUAUUCGUCGAAGAAAAAAUUAGUCUCGCACCUUUUUUUUUCCAUAAAGUGAUGUUGCAAUAUUCUCUUGACGAAAUUUGUAAUUAACAAUGCUUUACGUUGAUUUACCUCAUAUGUCUGUACAUACAUAUUGCAUUUCUCAGUACAAUAGCAAGGAUUGUCAUUGAAUAAUUAAAAAAAAAAAAAUGUUGCAGGAAAUUGUUGUUGGAAAUUGUGUCUGUCAGAUUUUUGCAUAUAGCGUUUUUUGUAUUGUUUUCGAAUUGAUCUAUAACUAACGUUGUAGUUGUACGUCAUUUUAUCGCACGUUCGACAAAGGUAGCAGUCGAUGUUGGUAAUCCGAUCUCUCAUCGUCUCAAAUUGUGGAUGAAAUAUGACCUUUCAUGGUUUCCACAGCAGUGAUAAACAGAGAAUAAUAUUGUAGAUGUAAGGUAUAUACGCCCCGUGCUUGAUAAGGAGCAUCUUAAGACGUUGAGGGGUCGCCGCAAGUAAAACGUUUCUGUCAAGGGAGAAGAACUCCGCUGGCGCGAUCUUUAUUACAGCAUCUUUUUUACUUUUACCAACGCAAAAUAAAAAUUACUAAGCAAAUAAAUAUCGAAACAUGUAGAUGUGCGCUCGCAUAAAGAAACAAAAGCUCUUAUUUUUGAGCUGUAGUUGGAUAGUAUCUCGAUAAUUGUAUAUUUAAAUCAAUAACGCACUAAAACGUAAAGAUAAACAAACUGAAGAACAUUUGAAUGUAAAACAAUGUAACAAUAAAAACUUUUCAAGAAAGAUUUCUUAAGAAAAGAAAAUACACAUGGAAACUGCAAUUAGGAAAUAAAUGUACGAAUUGUAGCAACAAUAUUUUUUCACAGUACACUUAUAUUGUAUUAUUUAUAUUAUCAUGUUUUAUCAUUUUUGUAACUUGUAAAAUUUUACAAAAACUUCCGAAUGUUUUGGUUUAACGAUUAUACGCUGCGCGGGAAUUUUUCAAAGAUUUUCAAGUUUAAAUGAAAAAAUGCAAGAUAUAUUAAGUAAGAGAAGUAAAAGAAAAAAGAACUUUCUGGAAAAUAUUAAAUGAAGACUUUCUAGAAAAUAUAAAACAGUAAGGGACUGAAGACAGUACAUAUGUGCGAAAGUAUGUACUGUAUGUGCGUCAGCAUAGAUCGUUGGUUUUAUAGAAGCCGAUAGAAUAGAAAUGUAUAUAUAUGUUUGUAUAUAUGUAUAUAAAUCUCUGUUUAAGCUAAAAAUUCAAUUGUAAAUCGUAUUGGCGUAAAAAAGGGUGUAACGUGUGCGUUCACACAUACAGGCAGAAAUAUCUCUUGUUUUCCGUCAUGUAAAGCAGAUUUCGCGAACGAUUGAAAGCAAAUGCUGUUUGCAUUGAAUAAUAAUCCGAUUAUCGAAAAAUAGCUGCUUGCGAAAGAGAAAAAAAGAAUUUAAAAGAGGCAAAUAAAAUUCUACGCGAGCGCAACUUCUAUUCAAAUGUAGAACAACUUGACGUUUAACAUGCAUAUGAUGUUUUUUACAUCUCAUAAUUUUGUUGGCGCUAUGAAAUAUCGCAUCCACGGGCUUUCACUUACAUGAAAAUUAAACGUCUGGUUGUCGAAAAUACAUAAAAUUUAUAGGAACAGUUUCUUUAGAGUGUUAA